AUGCCAGAGGACGGACAGGUCGAUGCAGAGACAUACCGCGACGUCGAUAUAGAGAUAUGCGGAGAGGCUGAGGAGGCAGGCAUCGGGGCAUGCGGCGAUGAUGCGCCCGCCGAGGUCAAGCGCAGACAUGCGCGACAUCGAUGCGAGAUGCCUUCAGAGAACCAGCUGAAGUGGGCGGGGCUUCGCCUGGAGACAGACGUGUGUGUGGCGGGUCAACAGGCCCCCGACCCGGAAGUCAUCCAGAACUACGUGAAGAAGAUCCAGGACAUGGCGGAGCAGGGUGUGCUGUUUGUGGGCUUCCUGCAGCAGCCUGGCGGGGGACCCUGUUUCCUGGGGCACUUGGACCCUGAAGACCUGUCCUCCCUGCACUCCAGCCCCUCCCCCAUACACAGACACCCCACCAGCCCCUCAGAACCCACAAUACCGAAUCUCAGCCCUACAGACUCUACAGAACCACACCAGAACCUCCUAGAACCAGAACACGACCGGAACACAGAAGUGAAAACACCAGAACACAAGUCGGUAGAACUCAGAACAAUUGAGCAGAACCCUACAGAUACCAGUCAGGUGGAGCUGGACUUGAGCUCAACAGGACCGCUAGAUUUCACACAGGACUCUACUCCAAUAGAAUCAUCAGACAGAGAACACGACCACAGUCCAGGCAGAAUAGCCUCAAUAGAGGACCAACCAAACUGCUGUCCAGAUGAACCAGCAGACUCACCAGAGAGACCGCAGAGUCCCAGCCCAAUAGAUCCAGCUAGUGACCAACAGAACCACAACCACGGCCCAACAGAACUCCCUGGCGACCAGGAUCAGCUACUGUCUAACAACCCAAUAGAGACCACAUGUAGAGAGAGACAACAGAAUGAAAGCCAAGCAGACUUCAUCAGGAUUCUACUACCCAACUUCAGCCCGGCAGAGUUAACACAUGGACUUGGUGGUCCAGACGCAGUCAGGCAGCGCCAGGGAGACAGACAGAGUCCAAGCCCUCAGACACAGAACCACAACCAGAGACCGGAACAGGACCACAGCACAGACGACCUGGUCCGGUCACCAGAACUAGACAACUACGACCAUGGGUCAGAGUCCGAGGCUGAGAGGGGGUGUAACCGUGGAAACGGGGGCACGGGCAGUGACCCGGAUGAGCAUCAGAGGAGCAGCAGAGUGCCGACCCACAACAACAACAAUCACAUCCGGGUCAAGAGUCCAGAAAGAGAAAAGAGGGCUAUAGUGUCUCCACCAGCACAGAGCAGGGUGCAGCUGUUUGCCCUGUACAACCGCACGGGGGAGCUGUCCAGCUCUCUGAGGUUCUACUCCCUCAGGGUUCCGCUGCGGCUGCAGAGAGAGGCGGGGCUAGUGACGGAGGUUGACGCCCACUGGCUGGAUCACAUGACACAGCAUUUCACUAGCGGAGCUCACCUCAUCGACGGCUUCUUUCACCUUGGAGACAACAAUGACAGCGUGGUCUCAUCCGUGGACAGUGUGUUCAUCUUUCAGAGCUCCUCAGAAGAAACCCCACCCACUUCAUACGACGCCAUUGUGGUGGAGCAGUGGACCAUUAUCGAUGGUGUAGUGGUAAGGACAGACUACAUCCCCUUGCUCCAGUCUCUGGCUCCCUAUGGAUGGAGACUGAUGUGUGUUCUGCCUACUCCCAUCGUUAAGACCAACAGUGAUGGCAGCUUGUCCACAAAGCAGAUCCUCUUCCUCCAGAGACCUGCCUUGCAACGCAACAGGAAAGACUUCAAGAAGUUGAACCUCAGGGGUCGGAACAAGCCGAAGAAAAACUCUGCUGGAGAAAUGUUGGAGAAGAAAGAGGAAAGAAAGGACACAUCCCCAGUGAUGGGGAGAGGGAUGGAUGGACAAAAGAGGAACACGGAAGAGGAGGAGGAGAGAGAGGCGAAAACAAAUUGGGAGAACAACAGAAAUGAGAAAGGGAGAACCAUAGACAGAGAAGGACUCAAGAGAGAAGAGGAGAGAGAGUGUGAGACAGAAUCUCAAGAAGACUUCACCCAGGGUACAGAGGGCGGGGCCACAGACCUCAACCAGGAAGUAGAGCGGGGGAAUGGCAAAGCCCCAUUGGCCAGACAUGAGAAGGCCGUUAGGUUUGCAGAUCAAUUUGUCAAUCAGAAGAAUGAUGAAGAGAAGUCAGAGGAGAAGAUCACACAGCAGCUGAGUGAGAGAGUGCUGUUUUCUGGAGUAUGUUAAUUAGAUAGAAUCAGGGCAGUAUUCAAUAAAGCGUCCGAGUAGGAGUGCUGAUCUAGGAACAGUUUUGCCUUUUAAAUCAUAAUGAAUAAGCAGGGGGAACUGAUCCUAGAUCAGACCUCCUACUCUGAAAUGUGAAUAACGUUACAGGCCCUGACCUGGGUUCAAAUAGUAUUUGUAAGAUUGCUUGAUUGAGCUUGCAUGGUACCUUGCCUGGAUGGAACCAAUGGAAUAGUCCCAAAAGUACAAACCCAGACCAAUUGACACUCUAGGCAGGCUUAGCAAGUUGUAAGAUUUCAAACAGCCUACUAUUUUAACCCUGGACUGGAAAUAAUAAAUAGAUAUACAGAAUGACAGAAUAGGAUGAAGCACUAGUAGCUCAUCAAUGGAAACCAAGGCACUUACCAGAAUGGUGGUUUAGUUAAAAGCCUUUAUUUUCCUGGUACUGUAUAAAACCUGGAGUCAUAUACAGUAUAUAUGUACAGUACCAGUCAAAAGUCUGGACACACCUAC